AUGCAGUCGCUUCGCAGGACAGCAGUAGCCGCUGCGCGGACGAGCCGAACCACCCUCUCGCGCCAGACGCGCCGCUACGCUCACGAUGAGCACGCCCACGGCCAUGCUGCCCCCGUAAACGAGUCUCUGGGCCGUGGCUUCUUCUGGGCCACCAUCUGGAUCCCUGCUGGCAUGGGCCUCUACCUCGUGUCGAAGAACUCUGACCAGGACCGACCUUUCCUUACCCGCCUUGUGGACAAGUACACCGAACUCGAAGAGCAGCGCACCAAGAGGAACGAUCUCCACGUGCGCAUGGUCGAGCAGGCGGGCGAGGACCGCGUCCUGUUCAACAACGCCAAGCCCCAGGAAUACGUUGAUAUGAGGUUUCCCGAGAUUAUGAACGCCGGCUCGCCCUACAACGUUCCCGCUGGUAGCCAAGUCCCAAUGACCUCUGUGAUUGAGAAGUACCAGAAGCUCGCGUACGAAGAUAACGAGCGCAAGCUUGAGGCGCUGGCCAACGACGAGAUCAAGAGCGAGCAACCCUUCACCAAGAGCCAGCUGAGGAAUUCGCCCAGAGUAUUUGGAGGUGUGAUUGGUAGUUUACUCAGAGCGUACAAUGGUGAUGUCGAUCGUCGAGUACCAGCACCGCGAAUCCCUGAGCUCAGUUUUCAGAUUGUCGCGCAGUACACACGAGGGCGUGACAUGAACGGGUCCGCCGGUACAAACAAAGACGACGCCCGCCGCACGCCUGCCGCCUCCAUGUCCUACACAUCACAACGAAACCACUCUGGACCGCUCGCCGUCGAGAAUCCCAACAUGGCUGCACCAAUCUCCCCCGUCUCGCCAGGCUCGCAGUGGGCUCGUCCCAAUCCCCAUAGCAACCCGCAAAGCACGCCGGGCAACUCCAAGACUUCUCAAUACAUCGAUAAGAUCACCUCCGAGAAUGAUCGCCUACGACGAGAGCUGCGAGCAGAGAAGCUCGCACGCGAGGACGAAGCCACACGCAUCUCGGCUGCCAAAACGAAGGCCGAGGACUCUCGAGCCGAGCUGCAGCACCUGCAGCUGCUCACAGAGACCAACGCACGAGCGAUCGAGCGCAAAGACAGAAAGCUGGAAGAGAUGAAAGCCCAGCUCGACGCCGAAAUCCACAGAAGGAAGUCAGCUGAGCAAAGGGCAGAAGAGGCACUCAAGAUGCUAGGCGACACACGAUCAGAAACACAGCGCCAGCUUGCAACUGCGUACGAGUCGAAGCACAUGGCAGACACUCAGCUAGAGACGGCGCGAGACGGCUUCAAGCGCAUGACCGAAGGCUACGAGAAGAAGAUCAAGCACAUCAGCGAAAGCAUGAACGAGCUGCGAAAGCAACGACUCGAAGACCGCGACAAGAUUAAGCGGCAAGCAGUCGUCAGCGACCAACUCCACCACGAGCUGUCGCGAAACGCACGCAGCGAAGGCGCCUUGACAAAUCUGAUGGAGGAAUACAGGAAGGAGCACAGGAUGGAGAUGGAUCAUCUGGUCCAAGAGGCACACAAGCUCAAGGCGGCGCUGCCCGCAAAGGAGCGCGAGGCAGACCGAUUGGUGCAAUCGUUGGAAGAGACAAGAGACAAGAUGAAGUGGGUCAUGACCCAGCACCAGCGCCAGACGGAGCAGCGUCCCCUAGAGCAGCGAAAACAGCAACGGCAGCAAGGGUACAAGUAG